UGGCGGCGCUCGGAGUGCGGGUUGUGUGUGUGUAUCUGCUGCUUGUGGUCGGGUAUAACGGCGGCGGCUGCCGCCUCCGAGGAGAAGAAGAGGAAGAAGAAGGACAUCCGGGACUACAAUGAUGCGGACAUGGCCCGGCUGCUGGAGCAGUGGGAGAAAGAUGAUGAUAUAGAAGAAGGUGAUCAACCAGAGCACAAAAGAAAGCCGGCUCCAGUAGACUUCACAAAACUUGAUCCUGGUAAUCCAGAGAGCAUCCUGCAGAUGACCAAGAAGGGAAAGACUAUAAUGGUCUUUGCCACUGUGUCUGGAAACCCCACAGAGAAGGAAACCGAAGAAAUUACAAGCCUGUGGCAGGGCAGUCUUUUCAAUGCUAACUAUGACAUUCAGAGAUUUCUUGUGGGGCCGAACCGUGUGAUCUUCAUGCUGCGGGAUGGUGGAUAUGCAUGGGAGGUGAAGGACUUUCUGGUUAGCCAGGACCGGUGUGCAGAUGUAACACUAGAGGGACAGGUGUACCCUGGGAAAGGAGGAGAUGGUAGUGCAAAUAUCAGGAACCUUAAUAAACCAGAGAAGGAGAAGAAGAAAAAGAGUGACACCAAGAAGUCAAAGGCUUCCAUUGAGACUAACCAAGCAUCGCCUGCAAAGGAAGAUUUAUGA